AUGGAGGGAAGGGACGGUCCCAACGAUGCAGAGAUGGACUCCAUUGCAUCACCAUUUGCGGAAAACAAAAAGAGGCUGUAUUACAGUGAAGGUGGCAGUAACAAUAUGAACAGUUUGCGGGGGAAUGCGAGAGGUGGCCCCAGGGGAGGUGUGAGGGGCAACGCGAGGGGAAGUGUGCGGGGCAGCGCCAGAGGAAACGUCAGAGGAAACGUGAGAGGAAGCGCGAGGAAUAGUCAAAUGAGCAUGUCCAGCGAAAUGAACGAAGGGAGUAGCGACUACGAUCGAGCAGCAGCUAUGCACGGCCUCGACCCGUUUAGUAGUCCCACCUACCAAUCAAACAACACCAGUGCGGUGAAUGCGGUGAAUGCGGUAAAUGAGGCAAAUGCAGCCAAUGCGCCGAAUGCUACUAUCACUUCCAAUGACGCAUGCAGCGCUGGUAAUCAUAUGACGGGUUCUCUACGGAACCUCGUCUACAGUAAUAGUAACGUCAGUGGAGGCAAUCCGGGCAGCAACGGUCCCCCCACUGACAAGUUAAGUAACUUCCCCCAAUAUAAGGAGGGCUUCCUCGACAAUACGGAGGUGAGUCAUAUGAAGGGCAAAAAUUUUGGCAAAAGAGUUGGAAAAAACGUAAACGUGAAUGGUAUAAACCUUGGCAAAGGUAACAUCACCAGCGGGGGGAGUGGCGCAGGUGGGCACAACCACUUUGGCGCUAAUAAGAACGCAAAGGGGUUUAGAAAUCGCUUCGCCCAUUUUAACAAAGGUUCUAUGAAGCAUGGCGUGGGCAAGCCAAACCUCGGGUGGGACGAUAGGGGCAAUAUUGGCGCGGUUGUCGGGGACGAGCGAGAAGGAGAGAAGGACGCAGACGACCACGAGGGCGAGCAGCAGGGGUUCUCCCUCUACGGCCGCAAGAACCAGCAAAGUGUACCAAAUGUGCCAAAUGUGCAAAGCCAGUAUGGCCCGCGGAGUGACCUGUACCACCCCAGUGACGAUGGGGAGGGCGCAGAAAGGAGGAACAUGCCUCCUCCAAGUGAGGGCAUCUACGGGGACGCGUACGGAGGCACCCAUGGGGACGCGCUAGCGGACGGGUUCUACGACGAUGCCCACAAGAGAAGCAACCAAGGGGUAGGCAAACCGCAUAGCAGAAAUGUGUACGAAAAUAGAAAAUUAAAAAACAACAAAUUGUAUGCCAACGUAGGGAUCGAUGGUGAGGACAAUGACGUGGUGAAUCAUCCGGGGGGUGGCAGAGACCUCGAUGGUAGCAGAAACCUCGAUGGUAGCAGAGACCUCGAUGCUGGGGAUCCCUUCAGGGUCAGCAACAACCUACCUUUGAGCACACCCAACGAUGCGGAAGCGAAAAAUGUGGGCAACCAAAAUAUGGCAACAGAUAAGGUACACCCAAGUAGCAACAUGCACAUGACCAGAAACGAUAAAAAUAAUGCCACCGUGAAUUAUAGCAAUGUCGGGAAGAAGAGGAAAAAUGUAAAAUUUGAUAGCAACACUUUUCAAAAGCAUAAGCAGAAAAAAAAUUAUUAUAAGUCCUUUAACGAUUCUUUAAAAAGGUACAGCAAUAACUCGCUAAAAAUUAUCAACACGGGUGUAAAAAAGGGAAGCGAUUCGUCUUUUUAUGGCAAUCGGGAGGGUGAAAAGGAGCUCCCGGAUAUGAAUUUGGGCGUGAACACGAUUGGCGGCCAGGUGCAGCCCCAUGGGAAUGACAGUGCAGCAAGCAGCGCCGCUUUAAGCAGUGCAGCGCUCGGUGCGCCGCCGCUUAACGCCGCUCUAAACGCUGCCACUAACGCAGCUGUGAGCGCCCCCCCCGGGGGAAGCAAACCGCCCGGCCGAAACAACCACGUCAGUAACUUCUACCCCAGCAUGAAGAAAAAACCAUUUAACAACAUGACCUUCUCGCUUAACAAGUACCUCAACUCUUAUGUGAAUUUCGACCGAAUUAAAAACAAAAAAACGAACAAUGAAAAGGGGACAAACAAGGGAGGCGCCGCGGUUGCAUCGGUGAUGAGCGGUAGGAGUGAUGCGGACGGGGGUGAUAGUAGCGGGGUGAACCUCACCGAUCGGAAGGCCGCAAACCCAAAUGGAGAUGAACCCCCUGGCAGUUACAGAGGCGGGUCUGGCGAUCUCACCCAGGUGGGAAACCCCAGCGGGGGGAACCUCCCCGAAUUGAAUGCCCUCGCGAAGAACCUCAACUUGGAGCUGCUGAAAAAUUUGAGAGACAGUCUUCAAAAUGAACUGAGCGGGGGUGGAGGCAGUAAGGAUGUCUCCAAGGUGAGGAGCAGCGGUCCCAGUUACAUCGAGUGCCUCAGCGAGGUGUCCGAGAUUAGUGAUGACGAGGGGGGAGACGAGAGCGAUAGGGAGAAGGACAACAACGGUGCCGAUUUGGGAAGAGAUAAAAACGCCUUCCCUAAGUGGACCAACAACAUGGCUGAGGUGGAAGCGGCAGCAGGGAUGGGUGGGGCCAAUGGGACCUCUGCCUCACCCCCCGCCAACGGGGGGGUGGCACUUGGGUAUGGCUCAAACCAGGGCCCCUAUGGCAAAUCGGACCUAAUGCAAAGUCUUUACAGUCUGUAUAGCGGUGGCAGAGGAGCGGAUGGAAAUCCCAAUGUGUAUGGUACUGUCCCAGCGGGUAUAGCGGCGAAAGGGGAAGGCAGCAAUGAUAAUGCGUAUGAGAGGGGCAUGAGCUAUGCCUACGGAGUUGAGACUGGCCAGCCCCAUUUUAACGUAAGCAGUGAUGCAGGAAAUGCCAACUCGUAUGAUCUAAAUAGAAAAAACGCAGAUGCGCAUAUGGGAGGGGGUGUGUACAGAGAGUACCCUCGCACAGGUGGGGCGGCCACCCCCUUUGGGGAGUCUAGUUUACUUCCUAAUGUGAAGGAAGAAAUGGGUGGUGAGCAGUCAGGUGGGAAGCCAUUCCAAGGUGGAGCUGACUCAAGCGAUAAUUACCACCCCUUUGGGGAUAGCAGAGCGGGCCAAAACAGCAUCGAUGUGAAGGAGGAAGAGGAGGGAAACCAAUUGGGGGAAGACGAACCGGAGCCGUUUGCUCAAAUGCGAAACGAAGACCUGUUCAUCAACUCGUAUAUGCCGUACCCCCCGGAGAAGUACAGCAGUAUGUACGAGCUGCACGAAAUAAAAAUUUUGUCCCCCCAUAUAUUGAAGACCAAAUUUCACAAGGAGGGCCAAAGCAGUUACCAUUCCUCCCUAAAGGAUGGGAAGCUAAUUCUUCUACUUGACUUAGAUAACACAUUACUGCAGGCUACCUCCUUUGCAAGGUUCAACAUGGAAUUGCCUCUGGAAAAUUUCGUUGAUGAAAAUGGAGAGCCAGAAUUAUAUAAAUUUUUCCUCCCCUACUAUAACUUUUUUUAUUACCUAAAAUUUAGACCCUACGUACGUCAGUUUUUGCAAAUCCUAUCACUAUACUAUGAACUGUCCAUUUAUACCAACGCGACGAGGGAGUACGCAGAUGUAGUGAUCGCCAUUUUAGAUCCGGAUAGAACCCUUUUUGCCGAUAGAAUCGUUGCUAGAUGCAGUUCUGCUGAUAGGGAGGAAAAUAAAAACUUCUCCAAAAUAUACCCAAAUGUAGAUUCCAAAUAUGUCAUCGCUUUUGAUGAUAGAAAAGACGUCUGGACGGAUAUCCCCCACUCACAUAUUUUAAAAGCAGAACAUUAUAAUUUUUUCGAGCUAAGCAAAUAUGAUAUCAUUUCUCAUUUUAAAGAACCCAGCACUUGUAAGAAAAGAUUCGUUGACAUGGAUAUGCAUCUCCAUUUCAUGACCAAAGUUUUGCUGAAACUGCAUAAGCAAUUUUUUGAAAGACCUCUGGAGGUAGAUGUGGGAAGACUCAUUGAUGAUAUUAUGCUGAGCACACUAUGCAAUGUGGGAGUUUACUUUACAGGGUUUAGAAAGAACUCAAAAAAUUCCCAACAUGUGCUUUCAUCAGAUUGUGAAGAUAGGCAGAAAGAAAUAGCCCUGGAAUUGGGGGCCAAAAUUUAUACCAAUUAUGAUAUGCCUGGAGUUACACACAUCAUUGCUGCGAAAAAUUGCACAGAUAAUUUAAUAAAAUCGAAGAAGGCCAAUUAUAACCACAUACAGAAGGUUCACACUCUGUGGCUUUACCACUGUAGGGGCACUUUACAAAGUGGAGAUGCUACCUACUUUGAUGCCGAUGAGUUAUGCAAAAUUUAUAAUAACAAACCGCCUCUGCACCCCAAAAAGGAUCACUGGUUUUUUGGCAAUAAAGACGAAAUGAGGAAGCAAGAUGAUACCAGUGAAUGCGUCAAAACUGAAAAUCUCAAGUGUAGAAUUUUUUUGGGGACAGGUGAAUACACCAACGAUGCAGUUAUAUGCUCCCCACUCGAACAAAUCAACAUCAAAUGGAUUGAGAAGGAAGUCAAGUUGAGGCAAAUUUAUGAUACCCCCGGUGCUGCUUCGUCCUCUGAUGGGGUGGGAGGUGACGGGCAACAGCGCGACAAGGGUGCAAUGCGCGAGAGGACUCCCCACAGUGAUAUGAGCCCCCUGGGUGAACACAUCGACGAGGAUGACAAUUUUGCUUAUGAGAAUGGCCACGUGGAGGAGGACGAGGGGGAGGAAGUGGAGUGCGAGGGCGUCGGCACUGACAACGGAACGGGCACCUGAAGGGGCACUUGAAUCGGCCAAAUCUGCAUCGUCAGUAGGAAUUAAACGCCCUUUUGUCCCGUUCCUUUUCCCUUUCCCCUCACCUACGUUUUUUUUUUCCUUUUUUUUGUAUCACCUUUUCUCGAUGCACUUCCAAAUGAAUACAUUUUUUGUGACAUUUUUUUUUUUUUUUUGUUACCUUACGGGGUGUGCAUCACACAUUAGCGCCGCUCCCAUUUUGACGCUCCACAUUUCCUCUUUGUUCCCUUUUUUUUUCCCCUUUCCGACUGGUGGUGCGCAUCAAAAUGGUGCCUCCGCACAGUGGCGGCCGCUACUUUUCCAACACUUUGAAGCUACGCACAUUUGUUCAUUUUAUUAUAAAAAAAAAUAAACUCUACAAAUGUGCAUGCUGAGUAGCACUCUUUGGGAACUUUUGC